UGUUAAAAUUCAUUUGGCACCGUUCCAGAAUUUUUUUUAAAUAUUUUGAUUUUUUUAUAGAUUUUCUAUAUGUGUGUCGAGUGAGUGUUGUUUUUAAAUACGCUUGUAUACAUCUGAAAAAUGACAUAAAUGAAGAUGCCUUUUAAACUAAAAUUAAAAAAAUCCAGGCAAUAUAGUGUUGUUUCCAAAAGUUUGUUUGUUAUAUCCGUCGAAAUACUAGACGGUACAAACAUAGAAUGUACGCUUUCUUCAGAGAGCACUGGACAAGAUUGUCUCGAUGUAGUGUGUCAGAAACUAAGCUUAAAUCAGCCCAAAUUUUUUGGCUUGCAAUAUAUUAGCAGCAGUAAUAACUCGAGCUGGUUGGAAUUGGAUAGGCCUAUUAAGAGACAGCUUGAUAAAUAUUCUAGAUCUUUACUAGUUUAUUUACGUGUUAUGUAUUAUGUUGUAUCAGGUGUGAGACUUAUUACAGACGAAGUGACUAGAUAUCAUUACUUCUUGCAAUUGAAACAAGAUGUUAUUGAAGGAAAAGUGUUAUGCACACCACAGCAAGCUAUCGAACUGGCGAGUUAUUCAAUGCAGGCUGAAUUUGGAAAUUUUGAUGCUGAAAGGCACACAGCCCUUUACUUGAAGGAUUUUCAGUUAUUCCCAAAGAGAUUUAUUGAUCCUGGUUUAUUGGAGUCUCUAACAGAAGCUGCCAGUAGGCAGCAUGCUGCUCUACAGAACUUACCACAAGGUACAGCCGAAGAAUAUUACAUAUGUUUGUGUCAAAAGCUGGAAGGCUAUGGGCAAGAGGAAUAUACAGUUAAAAAUAAAGAGGGAGGAGAAGUAGUUAUAGCCAUUGGAUUAACAGGUGUAUCGGUUGCUUAUCCAGAGAGGGGACCAAAAUAUUUUGGAUGGUCUGACAUUAGUAAUGUGAUAAAUCACAAAAAGGAGUUUGCAAUUGAAACUGUGGGUGGAGCAGAGAAGGCAGAGUUUGUAUUCACAGAUACGGAUACUGCUAAAAAUGCCUGGAGAUUUUGUGUUUUGCAACAUAUCUUUUACAGGCAAUAUGAAAUGAAUAAUGAGGAUGGAAACUCUAAUAAUAAAUCUCCAUUUCAAUCUGUUGAGGAGAAAUUAAGACAAAUUGACAGCUACGAAGACAUGACCACUAUGUCUCAACAGUGCGACAGAGUGGCAUCAUCCAAUCCGAACCUUUCUCAAAGGGCACAGUCAACUUCCUGUUUAGACCUAAACAAAUCAUUCGACGUGGACCGAAUGCGCAGUCUGUUGCCAUCCUACCGCCCAGCGCCCGACUACGAGACCGCCAUUCAGCAAAAAUACCGAAAUUCGUCGGGAGCCCUCUUGACCACGGAACCCCUGCGCAACACCCAUCCUAUUUUGUACAGUUCCCAACCGGAGAUCCAUCAAACCGACGCUUACGCCACACAUUUAAGAUACCCUGAUGUUACUCAUAAUAAUAUAGACCAGAAGAAUUUGCUGUACGGCUCGGGUUUCGCUCAGAACAGACACCUGGAACUGAAUAAUUUGGGUUUGAUUCAUCUGUACAAGCACCCGCCGCCUUAUCCAGUGAACAAGAUCGGUUCUAACUCGACUCCGGAUCUCGCCAGAAUAUCGCACCCUGCAAAGCUGCCUAGCUAUGUGUUUAACAACAUGGUGAGCGGAUCCAGUCCGGAUUUGGUAUCGGGGGGCAACGUAUACCUUAAACACUACAAUCAAGCUUACAGUCAGAAUACGAAUCCGGUUCAUAGGUCUCAGAGUUACCUGCCCACGCAGCACGACGCCUACGAGAACCUGGCGCCGGUGUUUCGGCCUCAAGCCCUCAUCGUAGAGAACCCUAACAUUACCAAGCAUAUCAAGAAGGUGUAUGAUGAGCAUGGUAACGUCAUCUACUGUAUGCCUGCGAAUAUGAAACAAAUCUUGCAGGAUAAUCAGUUGGGUAAUGCGGGAUUUGUGGUUGCACCGCGUAAUCAGAACAGUGUUGUGGCGAAUUCUUCUGAGCCCAUCUACGAAAACGUGCCCUUUACGUGGCAGAACGAGGGCGAGACUCGAAGCAGGACGCAGAGCAUUCAUUCCGCGCCGGAAAUCAGCCAAGUCAUCAAUCGGUCUUUGGUUAAUUCGAUCCAAUCCCAGAUGCGACUGAACACAAAGAACGAGAACUUUUACGUAAACGUAGAACAUAGCGAGGCUAAAAGUACUCCGAACGGAUCUCAUCAGCUUGAAGUACCAAUGCCAGAAAACGUCCCCUCUAAACAACGGGAGGAUGAAUUAAGGAGCGCUGCGCAGGGUUCGCGCGUUGAUAUCAGUAAGGAGGAGAGUUCGUUUCUGGAUAAUAGCGGCAGCACCGUCAUAUCGAACUACACGGGGUCUAGUAUGAAUUCGAGCGCCGAGAGCGGCAACAAGGUGAAGAAGAAGCGGUGGGGUCUGCUGCUGAGCAAGGGAAAGACGGCGGAGAAGGUGAAGAGCGCCACCUUGGGGCGGGAGAAGAAGAAGCAGGAGAAGGGGCAGGCGGAGACGAAGCACCGCUGGUCGACGGGCGGGCCCAAGUUCAAUCCGCUGCCGCCGUCGAUCGGUAAGGAAACCAUGUGCCAGUUGCUGGAAAACAAGCUAGCCGACAGCCAGAUAUUCUUCGAAUUCGAUACGAUUCCCAAAAAGAAAGCGAACGCCGAUUUUACCACCGCCUUAUUACCUGAAAACGCAGCUUUCAAUAGGUUUAAAGAUGUGCUGCCUUAUGAAGAUAACAGAUUAAGAUUAACUCCGUCCAAAAGUAACCGUUUAGGUUAUAUCAACGCCUCUCAUAUUACGGCUACAGUGGGCAGUAAACAAAGAUUUUACAUCGCUGCUCAGGGGCCAACGAAAAACACACUACCUUAUUUUUGGCAAUGCGUCUGGGAGGCUGAAGUAUACUUAAUGGUGCAACUGACUGAUCCGUCCGAAGAUAUGAAUUAUCUACCUGAUGCCGACGAUCGAUGUAUUGACAUCAAUCCGGAUUUCCAAGUGUGGUGGGAGUUCUCCCAGAAGACCGGCUACUGCGUGACGAGCAAGAUUCGUCUGUGCCACGUAGCUUCGAGGCGCUACCGCACCAUUUGGCACCUACACUACUCGGAAUGGGGCGAACAGGGCUGCCCCCACUCCGCCUCUCACUUCCUGGGCUUUCUCGAGGAGAUGCAGAGCGUGCACCAGCACUCGAUGGGCGAAAUACCGCCGGGCCACAACAGGAAUCCGCCCAUAUUAGUGCACUGUACUGCCGGAGUGGGUAGGACGGGUCUGACCAUACUCAACGACAUAUUGCUGUAUACCAUAGAUCACAACCAGGAAGUGUGCAUUCCCGGAGUCGUGAGUCUACUGCGACAACAGAGGGCCUUCAUGAUACAGACUAUUGCUCAGUAUAAAUUUGUUUAUUCUCUACUAAUUCAAUAUUUGAAACAGACAAGACUUAUUUAAUUUUAACAAGCGAUUGAAACUAAUUUAUUUAAUUUUAUAUUUAAAAUUCAGUUGGGUAGAGUUUAUGAGACCUAGGUGUUCCUUUGUCUAAAUGCGAGUGGUUGAUUUCAAUUAUUUUAAGUAUUUUUUCUGGACAAUUGCCAUACUAUCAUAAGUUGAAAUAAUACAAUUUAAAACGCUUAUUUAAAAACAAAUUAGAUUAAUCAGAUAUAAGUUUAAAAAGAUUUCUAUAAACUCAUCUUAUUUUUCAGUACUUCCUAAUAAAAAAAAUAGACUGUUCAGCCAUAGUUCACCGUUACGUCAUCAUUAUUUGUCAAAUAUGAGUAUUAGGGUGUGUCUGAGAUCAAUUUGUAUUGUUUGGAAUAUUUUAAGUACGUUACUAUAUUAUUGUCCUUUGGACUGUUGAAAUUCCUAUUUCUAAAGCAUCAGUAACUCGUUAUAUUAUUUAAAAACGCUAUCAGUUUGUAUUUUACAUAGAAAUAUUACACCUUUGCGAACUUACUUCGUAUUCGAACUUACUUCAUAUACGGCGUCUACGGGCAAGAGUGUUCUACCAGCGCAGCGGCUCUUUCUCGAGAAAAAUCAUUUAUAAGCUUAGCAAUGAGGUCUUGGUCAUUUUGGUUAAAUCAUUGGGGCAUUUUUACAAUAAAAAAGAGAAUUUUAUUAAUAACAUUUUACAGUCACAGGUUACCUUCAUAGAAGUUAGUUAUAUUAAAUUUAUCCACUAUACAUUUAAUCAGAUAAGAAUCAGUGGCCUGGAUAUAGUUUAGAGCCAGUCAACAUCUUGGUCACUCUCAAAUUGAGCUGGCGAUUGCCUUGUAGUAGAUCCAUCAUAAAACAAGACGAAGAAGAAGAAUUUUGUUACCCUGGUUGUUAAUAAUCUAAAUACAAAAGUACAGAAUUGGAUGUUACAUGGCCGAAUAGCCCUGGCAGCUCAGGCCGUUAAACUAAAAUACUACUACUACUAUUAUACAGCAACAAUCAAAUUUUAAUUUUGACAUUGAUCGAUGUCCGUCAAUAAAAUGAUAAUCCCAAAUGAAAUGACAAUUAUUACUAAAUGGAAAUUUUGACAUUGACCGAUGUCCGUUAAUAAAAUUAUAACCCGAAAUCAAAUGACAAUGACAAUAGGUUUAGGCUCACAGCGUGUUCCCAACAUGUUUGUGACUUCUUCCAAACCGCUGUUAAUGCGCAGGUCUCAAAUAAUGCAGUUUCUGAUCGAUUUCAAACUGUCUGUGCGAACAGCGAAUCCCCUACUCUUCUUUUUUGAUCUAAUACCACUAAUUUUAA